UACUUUUUCCUCGUACUCGAAGAUACAAGAAACCCGAAAGAUGUCUGGAAGAGGAAAAACCGGAGGAAAAGCGAGAGCUAAGGCCAAGACCCGCUCCUCCCGCGCUGGGCUCCAGUUCCCAGUAGGCCGUGUUCACAGGCUGCUCCGCAAAGGCAACUACGCUCAGCGUGUGGGUGCCGGCGCCCCCGUCUACCUGGCGGCUGUGCUGGAGUACCUGACCGCUGAGAUUCUGGAGCUGGCUGGAAACGCUGCCCGUGACAACAAGAAGACCCGUAUCAUCCCCCGUCACCUGCAGCUGGCUGUCCGCAACGACGAGGAGCUCAACAAGCUGCUGGGCGGAGUGACCAUCGCUCAGGGCGGCGUGCUGCCCAACAUCCAGGCCGUCCUGCUGCCCAAGAAGACCGAGAAGCCCGCCAAGAAAUAAAUACCCGGAACUGGCUUCAACCAAACCAACAACGGCUCUUUUAAGAGCCACA